AUGAGUGCUCCGGAAAUUGUUGCACUGCCGGCCCGUGACGGAGUGUCAAUGAAGGUGAAGCUGCGUUGGGGCGUUAGGGAAGAUGAUUUACCCACACUUGAGGGCCUGCAUGCUGCUGCUUUUCCUGUGAAGUACAACGAUGAAUACUACAAGUGGUUGCUGUCUGACUCAUGCCUGGCCUUAAUUGCCUUCACCACCUCAAAGUGCAUCACAUCUCUACUGGGUACUGCAGAGAGUGAUCAAAGUGCAGAGAUAGAAGAGGAUACCGAAAAUAGUUAUAGCGAUAGUGACGUGAAUUGUGAUGGACCCACUUCACCCUACUCCGUCAUGGUUGGAUUUUGCAUUGGUCAGAUUGCGUACGGGAGACGACUUGAUGGUGUUCUCGUGGGGUCACCGACAGGGUACCUGGGGUCAUUUGCAGUGGAAAAGCGAGUACAACGUCGUGGUAUUGGGGAAGUUCUUCUAGAUCGUUUCUUGUCUUAUAUGCUUUUUAGUAUACCCGUUCCAUCUCACUUAUUUCUGGACCACUUGCCUCCAUGCCCCAGGAGCGAAACUUUAUGGGGACUUGGCCCCACGCUGACUGCUGUUGGGGCGAAGCUGUCACAGUGGUGGUUUGGUAAGGAGCGAUCAGGGAUAAAAGACACGACUGAAACAGCGUUAAAAUAUACAAAAUCUUCCGACGCCAUCAGCCCCACGGCCAGUACUCACGGCAGUGGGGAUCAAGUUGGUUUGGGGGAGGUGUGGUUGCAUUGUUUGGCAUCUGACACAAACUUGCUUAAGUUCUACGUAAAACGGGGAUUUACAUGUGUUUUUCUAGCGAAACAUUUUUAUUUUUUUGAUGAUGUUUAUCAUCAUGGAAUGCUUCUUGUCUACCGUCGCGAUGCGCCAUCGACGGUUCGUUAUGAUAGUAGUUCUACAUGUGCUACGGCACCAGCGUUGGCGAAUGCCGUUAACCACACAAGUUUGAUUGCUACAGGGCCUGUAAAUGGCCUUAAGCUAAGGCGGUGCCAGGCUGCUUCGCUGGAAAGGCCUGAAGAAGACGACUUGGGUGUUGUGAAUAUUGAGAUACCACUUGGCACGGACAUCUCCAGCCUGCGCCGGGAGUGGAACUCUGAGUGGCGAAAAGAUUUUAUGCAGCCAUGCAAGUGGCACUCUUUGUCUGGUAUUGCAGUGCUCGUUCUAGGGGCGGCGGCCCUUAUCUUUUGUGUUGCUUUAAUUGUAACAUGUGAAUUAUAA